AAAAUGGCGGAGAACCUGUAGGUCAUGUAACUGUUGCGGUGCUUUUGAAGGAUUUAUGGCCACCAAACGGACCAACCCGGCCCUGUUGAAUCCCAUGUGACACCGUGCGGCCUGCUAUCUCAUCAUGGGUGAGGAAGGACAAGGAAGUGAUGCAGUUGACGUCGAGAAAUAUUUCGACAAAGUUAUGAAGAAAGUAAGCCACAAGUGGGACGACCUGGCCCGGGAGCUGGGGUUCGACCGAAACGAGAUCAAAGGAAUCGCCACCACAGAAGCCAGCCCUGACCACAGGUGCCGAGAGGUGCUGGAUCGGUGGAGAAACAGGGAGGGAAGUGGAGCUACUCUACAGGUUCUGAUGCAGGCUCUCAUCAACAUUGGUGAACGGCUGACUGCGGAGAGCUUAGAAGGCAACAAACCCAGAAAGAAAAGGAAAAGAAAACGGAAAAAGAAAGCAGAGCAGAUCCAGGAAGAAGACUCAUCAGAGGAGUCAUCUCUGGUGGGGAGUGACGCUCACGCUGGACCUGCCCCCAGCCGCACGUAUUUCCCACCUGUUGCCAAAGCUGUUGCGUCCUGUUGGGUAAAGUUUGCAGAAGAUCAGCUGGGCCUCACAGCACAGGACAUACACGCCAUCCAACUCAGACAACCUUACAGCAAACAGCACCAGGCGCUCCAGGCCCUGGAGCUGUGGAGGGACAGGCGCGGCAGGAAGGCCUGCAGGGUCAAGCUGGCACAAGCGCUCAGGAGGGGAGGGUUUCGACAUACUGCAGGGAAAUGA